AGCGGCCGGUCUCUGUAACCAGUGUAUCUCACCUAUAAAAAAAAGCAGAAAUAUCGCUGUUAGCAAUGUGCAUGUUGAUGCAUGGAAAUUUUCAUCCAAGGAUAACAGUUAGACAAAUUCGAGGAAAGGACAACAUUCCUACGGCAUCGCGUAUUCCAGGUCGGUGGCGAGCGACGGGAAAUCCUUUGCCGUUCCGACGUCUCUCACUGCACAUUGCGACACGUAAUUCGAAAGACAUUUCUCGAGGUUUCCGACCGGGAUUGAUCAGCGAAUAAGAAACUUGGAUACUUGCGCUAUAUACUGCAAACACACCAGCAUUAUCAAGUAAGCAGGAUGUCGAACCGAGGAAGGAUACGAAGCGAGGACGAGCCUUCCUGGCAACGAAGGGCGUACGAGCGUCACCGGUCUAGGGUAAAAACAGCCAGACCAACGGUAGAUGUGAACCCUCCGGAGGGCAGACCUCAUGUCUCGUUUAACGCGAAGAGAUUGCAGUUAGAGCGCGAACGGCAGGCGCGAAUUCUCAGGGACAAUUUCAUCCUACUGAAGAAACUUCGUGAAAUCAUGCACCGGAAGCGACAAGUCGCAGAGGACAAUCAACGGGUCCAAUGGCAGGAAUCUAGAUGCGUUAGAGUUCGUUAAAAAAGCGGGAUCUCGACGGGGUGCUCCCUUGCCAUUACAUAAUUCGCGAUUUACAUAUAUGCACGUGUCUUUUGUAUUUUAUGUGCAAUUGAAGAGUAGGGUGUACGUAAUUACGAUCUUUGAUCUCCAGCAAGUCUUUUCUAUCUUGAUACAGAAUCAUUUAACUAUCAUGUAUAUGGACUUCUAAUAAAUGCUUUCAU